AGAAGACGAGAGGGUUUCCAAAGGGUCGAUCCUCCUCACCCGGUCUGAAGCUACACGGUCUGAAGCUACAUGGUCUGACAGAGAUCGUCGUUAGUUCUGUUUUUCCAGGAUGAGUUCCGUUGAGGUGAAUGAUGAGAAUCGUGGGGUCUACCCUGGAGGAAAACACAACAGCUCAACUACCGACAUAUUUGACCUGGAUCAGCCGACCGGGAGGCCGUCCAUCCUGCGACAGACGGAGAACCUGCCCAGCAAGACUGUGCCAAAGGGGAUGAAGGUUUGUUUUCAGACCCCAAGAAGAGACCCGGUGACCAAGAGAAUUGUCCAAUCUCCAAGCAAGUCUGCGAAGAUGCCCAGUGUGGAUGAGUGCACAAAGGCAAUGGAGACUUUAAAUUUAGAUAAAACAAAUCCUUCAGCACAAGAGCAACCUGAUGAGCCCAAACCAGAAGUGUCGUCUUAUCCUGAUGAUGAAAUGCCAAUCCAGAGCAAAGGAGGCUAUCAGCUGGAUUUUGACAACCUGGAUGCCAUGAAUCCAUUCCAGGGGUCCAGUAAGAUGGUUCUCUCUCCUGCAAAGUCUGCUGUUGAAAACUCUCCUGCAGAACAAAAUGUGCCUCAACACACACAGCCAGAGGAUAUCUUGGAGGAGCCCACCAAGACGGAGAUGGUCUUAGAUGAGACACUUCCCUUUGCUCCGUCUGUGGAAAAUUCACUGGUGGAUGUCUCUGCCAACAUCAGUUCCACAGAGAGCAGUGUGGUCACAGUGGCGAAGGUCCCAGCAGUUGAGGAACAAGAUUUGUGUACUGCAACGCCCAAAGAACAACCUGCUGAGACUUCUCCAAAUGUUGUUCAAGACAAAAAACUAGCCGUCUUUGUGGAAGACGCCCCUCUGCCAUCGAAAGGUUCAUAUAGCUUUGAUUUUGACAACCUUGAUGAUGUGAAUCCUUUCCAAACCGGUGGCGCUAAAAUCCAGAAUUCCCCUGUCCUCGGGAAAAAACUGCCAGAGAAUAUUCCCCCCAUCGAGGAGCCUCAGGUGAAGGAAAACCAACCUGCAGAUAUCGUCCAUGUUCCUGAGGUGGCUCCAAAGUUGCCUCCUCAGCCGGAUGUGAAACCCAUCGCUGCAGUUAUCCCAAUACCCACUAACCCCGCCAAGCCUCCCUCUGCUGAAUCUCAGCCAGAUGCUGUCCCACUAAUGGAACUCCCAAUCAAACUCGAGUUCAAUUUCGACGAUGGAAGUGAGGUCAAAAAGAAACCGCCACCCAAGAAGUUUGGCAAAAGGCCACCUGGUGCAAAAUCUACAGAAGAAAAGUCAGUGUCUGAUGUCAAAACGAAAAAAGAAACUUCAGUGAAGCCCAAUGUCAGCGACGUGGCCGAAGUUCCAGUUCCCAAAAGCUCUUACUCAUUUGACUUUGACAAAUUUGAUGACCCAAACUUCAACCCCUUUGGCACAAAAACAGGCAUCAACAACUCUCCAACGUGCAGCAAGAAAUCCAGCCCCGUGCUUACGGAAACUGCCAUUCCAGAGCAGACGGAGAAGCCUGUGGAGGAGGAAGCUGUUUCACCAGCCUGUGCUGGAGACAGUGUCCCGGCUGCUAAACCCAGCCCACAGACGUCUGCCCCUGAACAAAACAAGGAAACUGCGCAGAGUGUUCCUGAAGCGUCUGAACAGUUUCAACCUGAGCAGAAGUCAGAACUUGCGAUGUUUGAAUUCAAUGAGAACUUUGUCCCUGGAACAAUGUUCAAUGAUUUCGAUGGACAAAUGGACUACCUUGAACAGUUUGGGUCCAGCAGAUUUAAGGAAUCCGCACUGAGGAAACAAUCCUUGUAUCUCAAAUUCGACCCGCUCCUGAGAGAGAGUCCAAAGAAGCCCACGGCCGCCCCUGAGGCCGGUCAGACCCACGUCCCCCGUCCGGCGGCCUUUGCUUCACGACUUGAAACUCAACAGAUGGCAGAAAAAGAGGCAACAAAUGCGCCACAGGACUGUGAUUUCAAACUGUUUGAUCCUGCAGCACCAGCGACUCCAAUCUUCGAGAGCCUCGUCCCUGCUUUCCCACAGCCCGCAAACACGGAGGACGCCAUUAUCGAAGUGCUGAAGUACAGUCAGAAAGACAUGGACGCAGCCAUUGCCAAAGUCCAGCUGGAGUCAAAGAAGAAAGAGGAGCAAUGGAGCGCAAAAUAUAAAAAAGUAAUUGAUGAUGGUCAAGAAAUGAGGAAAAUAAUUGCAGAAUUUGAGCUCAUGAUUGCAAAAAUUAUGGCCGAUCAAGAGAAGGAGAGAGAGGUGGCCCAGGCGAAGCUGAACGAGGCUCUGCUGGAGAAGGAGCAGACGUCCAGCGACCUGAAUGCGAUGGAGAGAUCGUUCUCUGAGCUUUUCAAGAGGCUGGAGAAGUACAAGGACGUUAUCGAGGGCUACAAAAAGAAUGAAGAGACUCUGAAAGCUUGUGCGCAGGACUAUCUGGUGAGGAUCAAAAAGGAGGAGCAGCGCUACCAGACGCUUAAAGCUCACGCUGAGGAGAAAAUUGGCCUUGCAAAUGCAGAAAUUGCUGAGGUGCGCUCAAAGUUCAAGUCCGAGGUGUCGGCUCUACAAGCUCAGCUGCGGCGGGAGCAGCUUAAGGUUCAUUCGUUGGAGAAAAGCCUCGACCAGAAGGAAAAGGAGGCUGAAGAGCUGACCAAACUUUGUGAUGAACUCAUCACCAAAGUUCAGAAGGGUUGAGCUUGUUUUGUAAAUACUGUCUUAAAUUCUUCAGUUUUUCUUUGUUGGUCCGUUUAACUUUUCUUGAGUUUUGUCCUUGUAAAUGUUCUUAGAAAUACUGUAAAAAAAACUUUAAUAAAGAUGGUGAUUUAAUUCCU